AUGAAGGAAGCCGGCGAAUUAACAAAAGUCAGUGCCAAUGUUGCCGAGGCGGCCUCACUCGCCGGUCACAUGGGACGCACCACGAAUCUGCGUGACAAGUUUGAGAAAGGUGCAGCGCUGGAGCCGAAGGAGGUAAAACGACACAAGGCCAAAGUGCGCUAUGCCGGCGUGGAUUCGAUGAAACACAAGUUCAUAGAGGAGGCUCAGAAGGCGACCAAGGCGGCGGACGAGGAUGGGCCGCGUAAGCUCAAGGAGAUCACCCCACCGCGCGAGGGUGUGGUUGUGGGUACGCUGGAGAGUGAGCCCAAGGCUCGGCCACCCGGCGUAGUGGCCUCAGAUGAC